UCUGAAUUGACGAGUCGUAUGUGUUCUGUUCGCUCUCUAUCACAUGCUGUGUUUACAGUAGUGUUGUUAUUGUUAUUGCCUAAUACACUACCAGUGAUCAGUGCCAGUUACAAAGUGCAACAUAUCGUAAUAUUUGUGUCUCAGGAUUAAUUGCGUACUGUUAAGUUGCGGUUCGCAAGGAGCAGACAACCACGGCAGGCGCCGAGCGCAGCUCGGGAUAUGCGGCCGGCACGUGGGGGGCGCGGCGCUGCGUAAUGCGGCGCGCGUGUGAUGGGGCUCCGUGGCCGGUGGCGGCGUGCGCGCUGCUGCUGGCGUGCAUCGCCGCCUGCGCUGCCAUCGAACAACGGCAACAUCUCGCCGAAGGAGUGUGUCCAUCAAUGGACAUCAGAACGUAUCCAGAGAGUAUGGAAAAGCUCCGAGGGUGUCGUGUGAUCGAAGGGCAGCUCAGCAUUGUCCUAAUGGAACGCGCCAACCCUCGGACGUUUGAGAACGUGAGCUUCCCUGAACUCCGGGAAGUUACGGAAUAUAUCAAGAUUUACAGAGCGAAAGGUGUACGGAAUUUGGGCGAUUUGUUUCCAAACCUCACGGUGGUGCGGGGUAUGCGCCUCUACAAGGAUUACGCCAUUGUCAUAUACGACAAUGAACAUCUUGAGUCGCUGGGCCUCAGAUCGCUGUCUAGAAUCGAACGGGGAGCCGUCAGGAUCCAACACAACGACCAGCUAUGUUAUACGGACACCGUGGACUGGAGUCAGAUCAUCGCGAAAGACUUGGACAACGUGUUCAUUAGGUCAAACUACGAUCCUCGGCUAUGCGGUCUAUGUCCUGAAGCGCAGAGUCGAACGGUAGACCUUCCGCAAACGUCUUCGAUGUGCCCUACCGACUCUUCGGGUACUCUGCUCUGCUGGGAUGACAAACAUUGUCAAAAAAUAUGCCCGAUUGCAUGCGGCGAGAGCGGCUGCAUGAACAACAGGACUUGUUGUCAUCGGAGCUGCCUGGGCGGCUGCAACGGCCCCACCUCGAGGGACUGCUACGCUUGUAAACAUUACUCCUUCAAGUAUGGCAGCGAGCGAACAUGCGUUGAAAACUGUCCCCGCGACACCUACAAGUUGUUUGCGCGGUGCGUGGCUCAGGAGGAAUGUCGGAACAUGCCUCCGCCGCCGCCGCUGCUAGGUGCAAGCGACACCAACCAACAGCGCCCAGACUCCAGCAUUAAAGCCUACAAAGUAUUCAACGACUCCUGCGUGUACAUCUGUCCAAGUGGUUAUAUGGAGGUCGGCGAUGAAAAAACCGCUACUUGCAUACCCUGUCCAAGAACUGGCUGUGUCCGGGAAUGCAGCGGUGCUAAGAUAGAUUCCAUAGCGGCUGCUGAACGGUUUCGUGGUUGCACACACAUCAAUGGCAAACUUGAGAUAACACUGCGUGCAAGCGGUGGUAACACUAUGGCAGUUCUGGAAUCUUCUUUGGGUGAAAUCAGACAAAUUGUAGGAUGCUUGCAAGUGACGCGUUCUUAUAUGUUAAUAUCAUUAAUGUUCUUGAAGAGUUUAAAGAAAAUUGUAGGGGUGCCAGGGGAAAAUAAGGGACAAGUUUUAAAUAUAUUUAACAAUCCAAAUCUGGAGCUAUUAUGGGACUGGCGUACCCAUGGACCUAUAGAUAUUUCCAAGGGUACGCUUCAUAUACAUAUGAAUCCAAAAUUGUGUUACGACAGAAUAUUACCACUUAAAAACAUGACACAUGAUCCCAGAUCGGAGUUUAGUGUAAUUGAAGUAUCAGAAGACAACAACGGAGAUCAAGCGUCAUGUUUUCCAAACCUGCUAAAUUUGAACGUGUCGGAGCGACGGGAUACAGUGGUUGUACUCACAUGGAAUAUGUACUGCGUGGAAGACAUCCGCAAGUUGCUUGGUUACUCGCUGUACUACAUCGCCGCUGAUAAGGACGUUACUUUGUAUGGACAAAGGGAUGCCUGCUCGGACGCAUGGAACGUGGUGGACAUAACGAUAGACGAGGCGCGACUGCACAGUAACCGGAGCAACGAGGUGCAGGACCCCCGCGCGGACAUCAUCACCAACCCGUGCAAGCACGUGCAGCCAUCGUUCCGACCGCUCACAGACCUGCGCCCCUACACGCGCUACGCCGCCUACGUCAAGACCUACACCACGCAGCAGGACAAGAAGGGCGCGCAGAGUAAUAUCAUAUACUUCAAGACAUUGCCAGGACAACCCAGUCCACCCAUAAACUUGAUAGUGGAACACAACUCUGCGCACUCUGUGAAUAUCCGCUGGGCGCCGCCAGUAAUGCCCAACGGGGUCGUCAUCCUGUACCAUGUGGAGAUCCAAGCCAACAGCUACAACAAACCCAAGAUCCUCGGCUCCAAGUUCGAUUACUGCACCAACCCGAACGCCCUGGCGAACAAGAUAAAGGCCGGCCACGGCGAGGGUCCGCCGGAGCUGCAGCGCGACGUGACGGGCGAGCUGGCCUCCAACGCGUCCUGCUCCUGCAAGGACCGCCCCAAGUCCGGCGUCAAGUUCACCUCGCGGGCCGAGGAGGAGCGCAUCGAGAGCAUCAACUUCGAGAACGAGCUGCAGAACGAGGUCUAUAUAAAAUCGGAAAAGGUUAAAUCCAAGGCAAAAAGCAGACCUAAGCGGGCAAUAGAUCAAUCGAACCUGCAAACCAUGCUCGUUAUACUCAGUGAGAACAACAGGCCCAAGAUAGGAUUCAAUUACUCCAACAGCACCGACGGAGAAGUCAAAUGCAGUCGCAUCGAGCCUAACGUUUGCGUCAUAAAGGACAAUACUACAGGCUACGUGAAGUCGUUGUUCUACGAGCUGGACAGCAAUACCACCACGUUGACAGUGGACAGUCUGCGCCACUGCACAUGGUACACUGUUAACGUGUGGGCGUGCCGCAUGAAGGAUGACAAUGAGAACGAAGACACCUACGCGAAGACAUGGUGCUCAGACAGGGCGUACAAUACCUUCCGCACAUUGGAAUUGAUGAACGCGGACGUAAUUAGCAAUCUGCAAGCUGAUAUCCUGCCGUCAAACAAAACGUUACCCGAGGUCAACGUAACAUGGGAACCCCCCAAGAAUCCCAACGGCUUCCUAGCUGCGUACAAAGUGCAUUACUUUCGAGUGGAAGAUAGUUCUCAGGUUCAGGGCUUGGGUCUGCAGACAUGUGUGACAGCGGAAGACUAUGAGACAAGCGGGCGAGGGUACAUGCUGCGCAAUCUCGUCGCAGGAAACUACAGCAUCAAAAUUACGCCUAUCACAGUCAACGGUGCGGGGAACGUCUCCGAGACAUUUAUAUUUAUACCGGAGAGAACCGCGAACCCGGGCCACGAAUGGAUCUGGGGGCUGGUGGGCGGGUGCGUGGUGAUGGUGGUGAUGGUGGGCGGCGGCAUCUGGUACAUGCGGCGCGGCCUGCUGCCGCCGCCAGAAGGCAACAAGCUGUUCGCGCGCGUCAACCCCGAGUACGUCUCCACCGUGUACGUGCCCGACGAGUGGGAGGUGCCGCGUACCAACAUCGAGUUCAUCCGGGAACUUGGACAGGGCUCCUUUGGAAUGGUAUAUGAAGGAAUUGCGAAAGGUAUUGAAAAAGGCAAACCGGAAACUCGAUGCGCUGUGAAAACUGUCAAUGAACAUGCCACUGACAGGGAGCGCAUCGAGUUUCUGAACGAGGCGUCGGUGAUGAAGGCGUUCGACACGUUCCACGUGGUGCGUCUGCUGGGCGUGGUGUCUCGCGGGCAGCCCACGCUCGUGGUGAUGGAGCUCAUGGAGCUGGGAGACCUCAAGACAUACUUGCGCUCGCAUCGCCCCGAUGCCGACUCCUCGCUGCCUAAGAAGGACACCGGCAAUCCGCCCACCUUACAAAAUAUAUUACAGAUGGCUAUAGAAAUAGCCGACGGUAUGGCCUACCUAUCGGCCAAAAAAUUCGUGCAUCGCGAUCUCGCGGCGCGCAACUGUAUGGUCGCCGGCGACCUCACCGUUAAAGUGGGGGACUUCGGAAUGACCAGAGACAUUUAUGAGACUGAUUAUUAUAGGAAAGGCACUAAGGGCCUACUCCCGGUGCGAUGGAUGAGCCCCGAGAGCUUAAAAGACGGGGUGUUUUCAAGUAGUAGCGACGUCUGGAGUUAUGGUGUCGUAUUAUGGGAGAUGGUGACGCUCGCUAUGCUACCGUAUCAGGGGCUGUCGAACGAGCAGGUGGUGCGGUACGUGGUGGAGGGCGGCGUGAUGGAGCGUCCGGAGCACUGCCCGGACCGGCUGUACGAGCUGAUGCGCGCGUGCUGGGCGCACCGCUCGCACGCGCGGCCCGGGUUCCUGCACCUGGUGGCCGACCUGGCGCCGGCCGCCAUGCCCUACUUCCGCCAGCGAUCCUUCUUCCACUCGCCGCAGGGACAGGAGAUGUACGCGCUCCAGCGCUCCACGCUAGAGGAGGAACAGGAGAUGCCGGAGGUGAACGUGGGCGCGGUGGCGACGGGGUCCGGGUCGCACCUGUUCGGCGUGUCGGGGCGGCUCGCGUCGUGGGUGCUGUCGUCGCUGCGGUCGCGCACCUCGGACGACGCCGCCGCCGAGCCGCUGCAGCCGCUGCAGCCGCUGCCGCCGCUGCAGGCGCUGCAGGCGCUGCCGGCCGCCGCGCCGCGCGCGCUGCCGCUGGCGCUGAAGGCGGGCGGACCCAACGGCGUGGUGCGCGACCCCGCCGCCGACUCCGCGGGCUGCUAG